AUUUUUUUCGUCUUUAACUUUUUAAUCAAAAUAUAAGUAAUUAAAUUAGUCGGGUAGUUCAAAAUGUUUAGCUUUAAAUUUAUGCCUGUAAAUGUCACAACGUCACACAAGAUCAUCAUAAUCUCUGUGACAACCGGUGUGGCUUUAUUAGGUAUUCUAGCGUCAUAUUUGAGUCGUCGCAAAAUCAGACCAACCAGAAAUGCGAGGCUUCGAGCAUAUGCAAGCGGUAGAAGGACUAGAAACUCUAUCAGAAGCCCUAAUGAUGCCUUGUCAACAGCCGGUUCACGUGCCAGUGCUCGUUCUGUCUCUCCAGGUGGCUCAGUCUACACAACAACAGAUAUUGUUUCCUAUGCAAGUGGCUCUACACGAGGUGCUGGUCCAUCUGGUCAACCACCAGUCCCACUUUCACCACAGCAACUCGGUGUGAUGGGAAUGGAAAAGUUAGAGGAUGUCAUUAGCAUUUGGGAGGAUGCACUGGCUGCACAUUCCCUUGGAAAUUCUGCAAGUCAUCCCGAAGAUGCUGAAUUUUUCCGAGAAAUUCAAAACUUACUCGAAAUAGCUUAUGGAUUACAGGAACAAUCUGAACUUUUAUUCCUUGAUGAGCGUUCCUGUCUGUUUCGUACACAAAACGACGAUGACCAAAAUUAUGCUGAUGCAAAUUUUGACUCUGCUGAAUCAUUUGCAUCAGCUUUAGAUCAAAUAGCAGAUUUAAGAGAAUUUGAGGAUUUUGAGCCAGAAAAUGAGGAAGAAAUUGAACAUCCAUUAUAUAUAAAUACAGUCCGUGGAAUGGAACAAAAUCCAAUUCCAUGCCGACAUAUCAGAAGUGACCUCGUACAUGUUGCCAGUGAUAGUGAAUAUUUAGCAAAGCUUCACUGUAUUCGACUAGCAUUUCAUCACAUGUUCCGUGACCAAAAUGUUUCAAAAUGGGUAGCAGACACUGGUCGUCAAAUAUUGACUGACUUGCUUUGUCUUAAUGAUAAGGAUCCAAAAGAUUUUAUUAUUGGAUAUGAGAGGAUGUUAACAUUCAUGCAAGAACCAUUUGGAUGGCAGCAAGCUGAAUUGGAAUUAAGUGAACGUGGUGUAAAGGCAAUGACAUUUUAUGACAUUGUGCUGGAUUUUAUUAUUCUUGAUGCAUUUAAGGAUCUAGAAAGUCCACCAGGCUCUGUCAUGGCUGUGGUCAAUAACAGAUUUUUAUCAAAUGGAUUCAAGGAAACUGCAUUGGCUACGGCUGUUUGGAGCGUGGUGCGUGCUAAAAAGAGAAUGUUGAAAUUUUCUGAUGGAUUUAUGGCUUACUUUUACCAAAUUACUGAACAAAUUUCGCCAGUAAUGUGUUGGGGAUUUUUUGGAAAUGAUGAAAAUUUGAAGGAAGUUUGUCAUUAUUUUAGGACGCAAGUUGUUGAUUUCUUGAGUGAUAUUUUUAAUUUUCAAAAGGUCCGUUAUACGACAGUAGAGGAACUUAGUGAAGACAUUCUUAGACUGAUGAAAGAGCGCGCUAGCAAUAUUCAAAUAAAAUUUAGUGCAUAAAUUUUGAUUCUGUUAAAUUUGAGUUUGACUUUUUUUUUUGUUGAUACUUUAGCGUUCCGAAAUUUGGUAACUUUUGAUUUUGUUAAGCGUGGAUUUGAAUUCAAACUAUUCAACGCCAAUCUUACCUUAUUCAUUAAACACGAAAAUGUAGAACAUUGAUUUCAAAUGUUUUGGGUAGAGUACUUUCAGGUAGCACUAGAA